AUGAUGCCACUCCUUCAUUGCCGUUACUGUCUGUUCAUUGCUCUCUUACUGAGUUUUCAACAAGGAUCAGCAGAGGGAAGAUGCCAAAAAUUGUUAGUUGAUCAGUCAGGGCAUGGCAACUUUUCCACCAUUCAAUCAGCUAUAAACCACGUUCCACACAAUAACAGAAACUGGUUUUGUAUCCAUAUCAAAGCCGGCACAUACAGGGAGAAGGUGAAGAUUCCCUAUGAUAAGCCAUUUAUAAUUCUUAAAGGAGCUGGAAAGAGAGCAACUUCCAUUGUUUGGGAUGAUCAUCAAUCACUUCUACAAAGCCCUACUUUCUCAUCUUUAGCUGAUAAUAUUGUUGUCAAAUCCAUGAGCUUUGUGAAUUCAUACAACAGUCCGAAUAGCAACAAUCCUAGGGUACCGGCGGUUGCUGCAAUGGUUGCCGGUGACAAGUCUUUCUUCUAUAAAUGCGGCUUCUUUAGUUUGCAAGAUACUUUGUGGGAUGAUCAAGGCCGGCAUUACUUCAAGCGUUGCACCAUUGAAGGUGCUGUUGAUUUCAUCUUUGGUAGUGGCCAAUCUAUCUAUGAGGAUUCUGCUAUACAUUUUCUUGGAGGAGAGUUAGAGCCAGGUCUUCCAGGUUUUAUCACAGCACAAGGAAGAACAAACCCAAAUGAUGCAAACGGUUUUGUUUUCAAGAACUGCAAUGUGCUUGGCAGUGGUACAACUUUCCUGGGGAGGCCAUGGAGAGGUUAUUCCAGGGUGCUAUUCUAUAACUGCAAAUUUUCGGACAUUAUACAGCCUGGUGGUUGGGACGCUUGGUCUUUUACCGGCUAUGAGAACCAAUUAACUUUUGUGGAGUAUGGUAACCAUGGACCUGGAUCUGACACUUCCAAGCGGGUGAGCUGGGAAAAGAAGUUGAGCGUUGAAGCUGUGGAGCAGUUGACAAGCAUGACAUUCAUUGACUCUGAGGGGUGGCUACAGAGUCAGCCUGUUUAGUUAUGAUCGGUUCACCUGUUGCUCGGAAAUUUCAAUUCUAGUUUUCUCAUGACAACUGUUGUUUUCCUUUGUCAUAUGAAGCUCUAUAGACUAUAGUUUCUUCAAAUUUUGCACUUUAAUAUAGCCAAAAGCUGGAUUCUUUUAUCUUCAAUUGAAAU